AUGUAUAAACUUGCCAGCAGCAGGCCACUGGCCUCUUUCGCUACAGCAGCCAGGACAUCCCUCAGAGUCCCCUUAGUUCAACAGACAAGAAACCUAUCUAUACAUGAAUUCCGAUCUGCUGCGCUGCUGAAGAGUUAUGGUAUUGGUGUUCCUGCUGGAGAUGUUGCGUAUUCACCCGCAGAAGCUGAGAAAAUUGCAAAGUCUAUUGGCGGGGAGGAUAUGGUCAUCAAGGCACAGGUUCUUGCUGGCGGUCGCGGGAAGGGUACUUUCGAUAACGGGUUCAAGGGUGGUGUCAGGGUCAUCUACUCACCCACUGAGGCCAAGAUACUAGCUGACCAGAUGAUCGGCCAUAAACUGAUCACGAAACAAACGGGCGCUGCCGGACGUCUGUGUAACGCUGUCUACAUUGUGGACCGCAAGUACGCCCGUCGAGAGUUUUACUUGGCCAUUCUCAUGGAUCGAGGAAGCCAGUCACCAGUAAUCGUCGCUUCCUCUCAAGGUGGGAUGGACAUCGAAACCGUCGCGAAGGAGAACCCCAAGGCUAUCAUUACGACCGUUAUCGACAUUCACAAGGGUGUGACCGAUGAUAUCGCACGGAACAUCGCUACUGAGCUUGGCUUCUCCGAACAAUGCAUCGAGGACGCAAAGGACACGAUUCAGAAGCUGUACAAGGUCUUCAUGGAGAAGGAUGCUACUCAGAUCGAGAUUAAUCCCCUCUCCGAGACUACGGACCACCAGGUUCUUGCUAUGGACGCUAAGCUUGGGUUUGAUGAUAAUGCAGAGUUCCGCCAAAAAGAUGUGUUCGAAUGGCGGGACACUACACAAGAAGACGCCGAUGAGGUCAAGGCUGCCGAGUGUGGUCUCAACUUCAUCAAGCUCGAUGGUGAUAUAGGGUGUCUUGUAAAUGGCGCAGGUCUUGCUAUGGCCACCAUGGACAUCAUCAAGUUGAAUGGAGGCAACCCAGCUAACUUCUUGGACGUUGGCGGUGGUGCCACUCCCGAGGCCAUCAAACAGGCGUUUGAUCUUAUCACCAGCGACCCCAAGGUAACUGCCAUUUUUGUUAACAUUUUCGGUGGUAUUGUCCGUUGCGAUGCUAUCGCAAAGGGUCUAAUUGCUGUCGUUGAGAGUAUGAACCUUCGCACACCGGUCAUUGCUCGUCUGCAGGGCACCAACAUGGAGGAGGCGCACAAGCUGCUAAAUGACUCUGGACUAAAGAUUUUCUCCAUUGACGAUCUUCAAACUGCCGCUGAGAAGUCAGUGCAACUUUCGAAGAUUGUGAAGACUGCGCGUGAGAUCGAUGUUGGAGUGGAAUUCAAUCUAGGUCUAUAGAAACAUUUCCUUGUUUCCUUUCUUACUGAUCUACGCAGUCACAUGAAUGGGGCAUGCUAGCUUUCUCCAACUCGCCUGUAUCAUGAAUUGAGCCAUUAAGGAUUCCUUUUCUUGUCAACUAUAUCUUCCAUAGGAUUGCAUUCGAUGGCAUUUGCAAGUAACAUAGAGUCUGUUUAGCCUACUCUUUAUCUGGAUCUCAAAUUCAAUGAUCCGACGCAUAUUGAGUACGAUGCCAGAGCGAUAAUUAUCAGCAAUCUGGGUGGGAACUGUGGCCAAGUGCUUCAUUAAUAUACAUACCGUCGACACGACCCUACCUCACCGGUCCGAUCCAUAUGGCACAACCCUCUAGCUGCGUUUCGCGAU